AUGAGUAAAGCGUAUGACAGAAUUGGUUGGGAUUUCCUGAAGCAUGCACUUACAAGUGUAGGAGUGAUUUACAAUGCCCAAGAACUCAUAAUGAGCUGUGUUCAAACUGCCUCAUUUGCAAUCCUGCUAAAUGGCCAUCCAAAAGGUAUUAUUAAGAAGAUGGAGGAAUCAGGACUUUACAGUGGCUACCAAAUCAAUAGAUGGGCACCAAACGUUUCUCAUAUUAUGUUCGUUGAUGAUAAAAUGUUAUUUGGCAAUACCAACACCAGCACUAUCAACUCGAUAUCCACUAUUCUUCAACAAUACUACAUUUCUUCUGGUCAACCAGUGAACUACUCAAAGUCUUCAAUACACUUCAGUAACAGCGUAUCAGAAUCUUAUGCAGAAGAGAUUGUACAAUCACUAGGAGUUACAAGGAUCCAGAAAGAAGGGAAGUAUCUGAGCAUAAGGAUUUUACAACAAGGAAACAUACCAUCCUACUUCAACUAUCUGAUCGAGAAAUUUGAGGAGAAAUUGUCAGGGUGGAAAAUAAACAAUCUCUCUCAUGCGGGAAUAACAACACUCAUCCAGUCUGUUCUAUCUCUGAUCCCUGUAUACUAUAUGGCUACCCAGAACAUCUCAAAGACUAUACUCAAUAAACUCAGUAAGAUCAUCAGGAAUUUCUGGUGGGGUCAUAACAAGGACACAAGGAAGAUGCAUUUCCUAAAGUGGGAAUGGUUUAAUUUGCCAAAAGAAAAAGAAGGAAUGGGUAUUCGAUCUCUUUCUGACCUCAAUCAUGCACUAACGGAAAAACUGGCCUGGAGAUUUUUACAUGAAGAUGAUUCUCUUUGGGCGGAGAUCUUAAGAGCAAAAUAUAUGAGAAAUAUAUCUUUCUGGGAUGUCAAGAAGCAACCAAAAUGUUCUACAACUUUGUCGGCAAUGCUCGAUAGUAGAAAUGUUUUGAAAAAGGGAUGUCUAUGGCUGGUUGGGAACGGACAGAACAUACAUAUAUACUCAGACCCAUGGAUUCCGUCUCUUAAUGGAGCUUCACCAACUAUAUCAGAAGCAGGGAACACCUCAAUUACCAAAGUUAAUCAACUCAUGAGUGAAGUGCCAGGACAGUGGAAUAUGGAAAUUAUUCUGCAACAGAUGGAUGAGUUUACCGCUAAUCAUAUUGGCCAAACCCUAGUUAACUCAAUAUAUGCACAAAAGUUAACAAUAUAUAUUGCUACAAGAAUCACGUUGGCCACAUUAUUAGGAAGUAAGCGUGUAUGUAACCUUUCAGGUGGAAUAAAUGUAACAUCAGCCAAUGGAGGAGGUGAUGUUGUGCUGCUAUCUGGGUUGCACCAAUACCGCCACGGGUGUCCGCCAAUUGACGUAUUGGUGCAACCCAUGAUGCUAUUGGUGGAUGCUGGUAAUAUUGUGGAACUGCAGGUGGUAUAUGCUGGUGGAGAUGCAAGCCAGCUAACCCAUGGCUAG